AUGAAGUCCAAGGGGGCAGACUUCUCAAACGGAGAUAUUCUCUUCAUUUCUAUUGUUAUUGGAGUAUGUAUCGUCGGCAUCAUCAUCACCACUGUCUGUCAUCUACAUUAUCGGAAGAUACGAAGUAAUAAAGAGAAUAAAGCAACCUUACGUAGCAUCUGCUUUUGCUGUGAUUGUAAUGUGAACAGCCGACUUAAAGUUGUCAGCAGAAAAAUGGGCUCCGAUUGUGCAAUUUGUUUAGAGGAGAAAAAUAUGAUGAUUAAGCCAGUUGUCGAAAUAACAUGUAAACACACGUAUCAUCAGGCUUGUAUCAGUAAAUGUCUCGAGAUGGACAAGAGAGCCAAAUGUCCACAGUGUCGACGACAGCCAGGACAUUUCUCAACUACUGAACGAUUCAUCGCAAUCAUCCAGACGCUUAUGACGAAGAGAAAGGAGAGAACACUGGAGGCUAAGGCAAGCAAACAUUACCAAGCCAAGGAGGAUGAAAAAAUGGCUCCAGAAUUCACAGAUAUAACAGAGUACAGCGGUUACACUCCUCCAACGAUUCCUCCCGAGGCGAUUGUUUGA